AGCUGAAAUCGACAGGCGAGAAUCUCUCUCUGUGUGGCAAAUCUUCCAGCCAGCCAUCCACCCCAACUGCUGGAGGAAGGAAACCUUUCACCCGAUCUUGGGCCACGUCCUCCUGAAAAAUAUUAUCGUGGAUAGAGUGCAACAAAGUUCACCAGAUUAGAUCCUGGGAUGUCGUGAUUAUCCUAAGAAGGAAGUGGUGGAUCGAGGUCUCAGUUAACUCCACGCUGGCAUGCUUGAGGGUUCUCCUGAUUCUGCGAAGGAGGCUCCCACUGUGGAAGCUGCUGCUGAUUGGAUUGUUCGUCACCUUCGACCUACGCGCUCUGACCUCAGCACAACCACCAUCCGGUCCAGUCAGGAGGAAGUUGUAACCCAGGCUGCUCAAGAAUCUCCGAGGACUUCUUCUGCCUCUUCUCUGAGCAGCCAUGACAGGAUGUCCACAAUCACCACCUCCACCAGCUCCAUGUCAGUCAACACAGACUGCUCGGACAACGAGCGCCCGGUGAGUGUCGGCUCAUCGGGCUCCCUGCCGGAUUGGCGUGGUGCUGCUGGGACCCCUCCCCUGGGCACCCAGACCCCAGAGGCUGGGCCCCCAGGGGAGGAGUGCAUCCAGGUGGAGCUGACGCCCCCUCUGCGGGCGCUGAAGGCUGACCGAGUGUGCAACAACAACAACAACAUUCAGGACCGGAGGAGCCCCGAUGGCAGCUACCACCAGGUCCCUUUGUCUCCCAUAGCGACCAGGGCCAUGGCCCCCAACCCCAAGCUGUCGUACGUGGACAGGGUCGUCAUGGAGAUAAUUGAAACUGAGCGGAUGUAUGUGCAGGACCUGCGGAGCAUUGUUGAGGACUAUCUUGGUUAUAUCAUUGAUACUCUGGACCUGCCUAUCCGUCCUGAACAUGUCUGUGCCCUGUUUGGAAACAUUGAGGACAUCUACGAGUUUAACAGUGACCUGCUGCAAGACCUUGAUAGCUGUCACCAUGACCCUGUGGCCAUUGCCAGAUGCUUUGUGGACAAGAGUCAGGAUUUUGAUAUCUACACCCAAUACUGCACCAACUACCCCAACUCCGUGGCAGCGCUGACCGAGUGCAUGAGGAACAAGAUCCUGGCCAAGUUCUUCAGGGAGCGUCAGUCCACUCUAAAGCGCAAUCUCCCACUGGGCUCUUACCUGCUGAAGCCAGUCCAGCGGAUCCUCAAGUACCACCUGCUGCUGCAGGAAAUAGCAAAGCACUUUGAUGCCAGCAAGGAGGGUUAUGAGGUGAUUGAAGAAGCUAUAGACACCAUGACAGGCGUGGCCUGGUAUAUCAAUGACAUGAAGAGGAAACACGAGCACUCUAUCCGACUGCAGGAGGUACAGAGCUUGCUGAUCAAUUGGAAUGGACCAGAUCUGACAACGUAUGGAGAGCUGGUCUUGGAAGGAACAUUCCGGAUACACCGAGCCAAAAACGAACGCACUUUAUUCCUGUUUGACAAAGUUCUACUGCUGGCCAAGAAAAGAGGAGAGCACUUCAUUUACAAGACCCAUAUUAUGUGUUCCGCACUGAUGUUAAUUGAAAGCACCAGAGACUCUCUCUGCUUCGGACUGUCUCAUUACAAGAACCCAAAACAGCAGCACACUGUCCAGGCAAAGACAGUGGAAGAAAAGCGUCUCUGGACACACCACAUCAAGAGGUUAAUUCUAGAGAACUACCAUGCCAUUAUUCCCCAGAAGGCCAAGGAAGCCAUCUUGGAAAUGGAUUCUUACUAUCCUUCCAAGUACCGGUACAGCCCGGAAAGAUCCAAAAAAUCUAUGACUAGUCAACCGGUGGAGGAGCUAGUGAGCUACCGCAGGGGCCGCAGGCAGUCUGAACCGACGAAACAGAUCCUGAAAUCCUUGGUGCAGAACGUGAUCACUCAUUUCCUCAUUGUCCAGCCUUCCCAAUAUGUGAUAUCUAAUGUUCUCUGUGUGUGUGUCUCUCUCUCUCUUUCUCUCCAACCCCCACCCUUUCCCACACUGCUUUCUUCUGAUGUGAUGGCUCCCUCCUCCUUGAAAUCUACAGUUUCGCUGAAGCACGCAGGCAGCGAUGGAGAGCUUCUGGGCAAUAAGGAUUCCUUGAAUUCAUUGACGGGUGUCAGUUCUCUUGGAUCUAGUACGAAUGAGCCUGAGGGUGAGAGGGAUGACAUUGAGGACAACCUGGCUCACAGCAAAGAUUCCUUGGAGCUCCAGAAUGCAAGUGACUCUGAGGAAACGGCGAGAGGUACAGAGAUUGUCCAAGAAGGCGUGGAGCCGGAAGAGGAAUUAAUGAUAGAGGGCGACCAGGUAGCCGACUUUGCCAGUUCACUGCUGGCUGCCAUCUCCUGUUGGCACUAUAGAGCCAGGGCUUUGCUUUCUGCUAAGUUCUCCAUGACUGAAGAUCCUGUUGAACUACAGGAUGUCAAAGGAUGCAAGCGGCAGAACAGUCAGCCCUCUGGAAAUCCAGAGAAACGCAGGGGCUGGGACAGUGAUUCCAAUGUCUCUGAAGAGGUUGCUUCUGACGUGGAACCAAUAUCCCUCCAACAGAUGGUGACCGAAGCGUGCCGUUCUGCCCUAGAGGAAAUCCAGUCUGACUCUGAGACGGUGUGCAGUACAGAGGAACCCAAGGGGGCAGAUGAAUCCACAGAGGAUGCUGAAGUGGAAGGCAGUGAUUCAGGGAGGGGUGUUGCAGAGUCCACCAUGGAAUACUCAUUCAGCGAGCCGGGCGAGGAGCCGAAGCACCUCAGCAGCGAAGACUCGACCGACGAGGAUGAGCAGGAGCGCAGCUCACGCAGCAUUCUCCCGCCGUCGGUGCUGGGCCAGGCCAGCCUCAUUGCCGGUCAUGUCACCAACAGCCGAUCGCGCCGCAACAGCUUGGCGGCGGACGACAGCCGCUCCCAAGGUUGCCCGACACCGAAGACAACGAGCAGACAAAGCAGCCUUGAGUGCGGGGACAAACAACCGUGGAACAGCGGCACCUUCAGCCCUAGCGAUGACUCCCAAGGGAGCGUCUGUCAAGCCGUUGGCCAGGAGAAGCACCUCGACGAACCUAAACCCAGCAGUCCGGAGGACGCGCCGGUAGAGGCAGACCGCAACAUUCCACGGAGAAGGGACUCCACCUUGUCCCGCCAGGACCGCCUGCUCAUUGAGAAGAUUAAGAGUUACUACGACAACGCGGAGCACGAGGAUGCCAACUUCAGCAUUAGACGGCGAGAGAGCCUGUCCUACAUCCCGGCAGGCUUGGUCAGGAGCUCUGUCUCCAAGUUGAAUAGCCAAAACAAGGAAGAGGACUUGCGAGAGGCCACACUGAGGAGACGGUUGGCUGCUUCCAGUGGUGGGCCACUGCCCCACGGUUUGCUGAGCCUUCCAGAUCCCAAACCCCAACGAGGUUCCCGCUCCCCUUCCCCGGAAUCGGAAGCCCAGCAGCCAGCCCGCGACCAUCCUGCAGAAGAUGGUCUGCCUUUGGACUUCCUGAGGGAAACCGCCCCCAUUUCCCAGGACCCAAUCACCGAUGGUGAAUUCCAGUCAUCUGUGGACAUGAUCAAAGUCUGGGAAGAGAUGGAAAGAGUAGCGGACGCUGCAGCAGAGCCUCGCGAGAGGACGGAGCAGAGAGACGAGACAAUGCUGAGGCCCGAGGUCUGUGACCGUACCUCUGAGAUGAGAGAAGCUGCACACCCUGCACAAUGCCAAAUAAAACAGCUCAGCAACGGCAGAAUUAUUUUUGGCCUUGAUUUCAGUGAGCCAUUGGUUAUUGUGGAAGACAGUGACCUAAGUGCCAUAAAGGAAGAGUCACCCCUUUCUUCUCCGGGUAGGUUCACUCAUGAAAGUGGGUUACAAAGAAGGCCGAGUGGGGAAUCACAACGCAGUGACAGUAACCAUGCAGGUGAAGUGCUGUCUGUCCAAACGUCUGCUCCAUUGGCUCAAGGACCAUUGUGCAUCCAACCGGCCAAGUGCUCAGAGACUGAGAACAAAACCUCACCACCGCAACCAUCUGACACCAGCUCCAACCUAACUGUUAAGAGGCAGGACCAUCCAGCGCAAGGCACCAGAGCAACCAUAGCCCAGGCAGGCUCGAGGGCUGAGAGUGAAGAGUUACUGAGAGAGGUGACGGAGAAGGUGAAGACCAAGGUCUACCAACUGGCCAGGAUAUACAGUCAGCGGAUUAAGAAUAACAAGCCAGUGGUCCGAAAGAGAGUCCAGUGCAUAGAGGAGGAACAAUUGAGCAACAAAGCAGAAAGGGGGAGUGAACUGACCAAGGUGCCUUAUCUCCAGAAGGACAAAAAGGAUAAAGUUGUUGGCGAUCAAUCAAAGAUGGCAAUGUCGCUGCCAUUCUAUGAACAUGUCAUUAUUCAGGAGCAAGUGCCAUUGGCACCGUUGAUGGAGGAGCCCAGUGCCCUGCCUCUGAGCAAGGACUCGCAAUCACCCCUUCCAUCUUCCAGCAGGAUCCCAUCCCCUCGACGUUCUGUCAUCAGCCCGAACUUAACAUCCCCCGUGAGGUUCCAUUCUAGGAGCCCCCUGAGCCCGACUGAAAUGGAAACCUUCCUGUGGCCCGACGUUCGGGAACUCUGCUCCAAGUACACCGCCGUGGACGCUCCGUUUGCGAGAAAUUCUAUGCAGAGGCCAGCCGGAGCGAGCCCAGUGAGGAUGGCUGAGAGUGGCCACCCCAAAAUAAGCCGAGUUGCCAAGAGCAUGUCCAUGCCCAAUGGGAUGAUGGAAGGCAGACUGUCCCACACCGGUUCUUUGGAACGAGAGGACAAGUCCAAAGCUGGCCACUGCCCAGCCGGUGCAAAAUCUCAGCCGCUGAGAGCAACCUCCAGUGUGGGGGCCAGGAAACAGUUGCAUUCUGACUCUUCCAUCCAGUACCUUCUACAGGCGACCCCUGAAGGUUCUUUCAGGAACCACACGGCCCGCUCAAGGACUGCGUCUUCGGACUGCAGGUGCACUGAGCACAGUUCCAGUUCGGACUGCAAGCACUGUCACUUUAUGAGAGACGCUGAAGGCUCUCAUUACAUUUCCUCAGAGUUUACCCUGCAAGACCAGCAGGUCGUCGUCAUGGAGAAGUUGUCAUGCGAUGGGGACGAUCUGAGCAGUCAUAGGAACGAGCAGACCAUGAAAGAGAGGAGAGGCAGCGGAGAGGGCUAUGUCCAGAUCAGGUCUCCAACGUCGCAUGAGAAGAUCUCCAUCCGAGCAGUGGUGGAAAGAUGCAGGGCCUACCAGGAGUCAGAGGAAUAUAAGAUCAGGCAAGAGAGUGAAGCCAAGAGCUGGAGGCCAGGAACUACCAAGACUCGAGCUUCUGUGGGAGCUGAGAAGGAAGUCUCCUCGAACAAACAGACAGAACCCAGGAAGGAGAUGAGCCAGCUCCACAGGAGGACAGACCUGGGCCAACAUGGCCUGGUGAAGAACCUGAGAGACAAGUUUCAGAGCCUGAGUUCGGCCAGGUAAACUCGCACUGGCUUUGUUCUCAAAUGCUUCUUAGAUAUCAAACCACUGUACCUGGUCAAAUGGAUGUAAAAAAUUAUUCAAGGUUGGUAUUUUGUUUUUGGAGAAGGGGCCCAGAACCUUCACUGAAAUGUCUAGAACCUGAAACUAGUAACUGGUGUCUCAGUGCUUAGCCAGUUUAUUUAUCAAACCUCAAUAAAUUUAUAAUUGAACUGA